AGCGAGCCGAACUCUCACUUUCUAUUCCGCUUUUACGCACCUUUCCACCGCUGGCUUUGGUAUCGAAACCGAUAACAAUCGUACAGUAGAUGGACCGGGAGGCACUUCGAAAGGCGCAGCAGGCGUCGCGGGCCGCGUUCCUACGCAAGGCGGCCGCACAGCAGCAAAAAGCCGCGAAUGCCGUCGUGGAGAAGAAACUGAAGGACGUCGAGCACGGCAUCGUGCCCACCUCUCUCACCGAGGCGGAGUUUCUGCUCCACCGCUCCGCCGAGGUGCAGGCGGCGGGUGAGUUGUUCGACGUGGCGCGUCGUCGGCAAGCCCUCGGCGAUGAGGGCGAAGCACCGGGCAGGUGGGACGAGCUGGCGUCCGAGGGGCAAGCUGGCGACGCUCUGCCCGCGUCCUUCUCUGCGCUUCAGUCUUUGCAAGGUGAUGCGAGAGAGGGGAGAGAGGAAAAGGAUGUGCCUGUUGCCUCCACUGCGAUGGAAAAAACUGCUAUCACGUCCUCUUCCAAUGCUUUGUUUGUGGCGAUGAGUGAGGCGGAGAUCGCCAAGCGGGUUGCCGCGCACGACUACGUACAAGAGAAGACAUUUGCGGAGUUGCAACAGGAGCGGGCGGCGGCGCUGCAAGGGCAAAAGGACCGCCUCCAGCAACAACGCCGAAGCCUGCCCAUUUACCAAAUGCGCAACGAACUGCUGCAGCUUAUCCACAGUCAUCGCGUCGUCAUCAUGGUGGGCGAGACCGGCUCUGGCAAAACGACGCAGAUGCUGCAGUACCUGUACGAGGAGGGCUUUCACUUGAGCCCGAAGGAAAGGCAGAAACGCGCUACUGCUGCUACGAAGGACUUUGUCGACGCUUCAAAGGAAGAGAGCAAGCCGCUCAGCAACGAGGGAAUCAACGGUGAGGUCGAGGAAGAAGGAGAGGAAGACGAGCUGCGACUCAUCUGCACGCAACCCCGUCUCAUCGCCGCGACCAGCGUGGCGGAGCGCGUUGCCCAGGAAGUCGGCUGCCCGUGCGGCAGCGUGGUCGGCUACAAGGUCCGCUUUGACGACAAGACAGGCCCGCUGACGCGCAUCCUCUACGUGACGGACGGUAUGAUGCUGAAGGAAUUUAUGAACGACCCGGACCUUUCCACCGUCGGCGCGAUUAUGGUCGACGAGGCCCACGAGCGUUCACUCAACACCGAUAUCCUUCUGGGUCUGCUGCGCGACGUUGUACGCCGCAACGCGCAGCUUAAGGUGAUUGUGGCGAGUGCGACGAUCAAUGCGGCCAAAUUCAGCAGUUUUUUUGACAACGCGCCGGUCUUCACUGUGACGGGCCGCACCUAUCCCGUGGAGAGCUUCUACGCGGAGGAGCCGGUGGCGGACUACGUGGCCGAGUCUGCGCAGACGGUCUUGAACCUGCACAUGGCGAAGCCACUGCCGGGCGACGUUCUCGUGUUUUUGCCGGGUCAGGACGACAUCGAAACGUGCGCGGAGACGCUGCAGAAGUGUGUGGAGACGGCCAAGGAUCAGCUUCGCCCGCUUCUCAUCUUGCCGAUUUACGCCUCGCUGCCGGCGAAGGAGCAGGCGCGCAUUUACGAGCGCACGCCGCCCGGCACGCGCAAGGUGGUGAUCGCCACAAACAUCGCCGAAACAUCCAUCACGAUCGACGGCGUCGUCUACGUGGUGGACUGCGGGCUGUGCAAGCAGGACUUCUACGACCCCCAGGCGAUGGUCGAGGAGCUGCGCGUGGUGCCGACCUCGCAGGCCAGCGCGACGCAGCGUGCCGGGCGUGCCGGACGCACCCAGGCCGGCGAGUGCUACCGCCUCUUCACGGAGUACACCUUUCGCAACGAGCUGCCGGCCGAGACGACGCCGGAGAUUCUGCGGUGCUCGAUGAGUGCGGUGGUGCUACAGCUGAAGGCGCUCGGCAUUCACAACUUGCUGGCCUUCGACUUUUUAGACGCGCCGUCGACCGCGUCGCUGGAGCGCGCGAUUGACCACCUGUACCUUCUCGGUGCCAUCAAGGCGGAUGGACGGCUGACGGUGACGGGCCGGCGCAUGGCUGAGUUCCCGAUGGAUCCGUCACUCAGCAAGUGUCUCAUCCGCGGCUGCGCGCUGGGCUGUGGGAGGCACCUCGCCAUGGCUGCUGCCAUGCUCACACUCGACUCUAUCUUUAUCAACACCCGUGACCCCGCCGAGCGGCAGCAUAUGAAAAGCGCCAAGGAGCAUCUUUUCGGCUUCGGCAACGGCGACGUGACCGGCUACGUGCGGCUGAUGUUGGAGUGGUUGCGCGCUGGGCCGCGUGCGGGGGAGUUCUGCAAGGCGAAUUGCAUCAACCCCCGUGCGAUGCUGCGCGCACGGGAUGUGUUGGACCAAAUCCUCAGGAUCUACGACCGCAUCGGCCUCCAGGUGGAUGCACAGUCAGCGAAGGACAAAUCGACACUGGGAGGUGGGGAAGACGGUGGUGAGGAGCAGGAGGAGGAAGCACGGCGGAAGGCGCUCUCCGCCGCCGCCGCAACGCAGAUUGACGUCGAGGCCGUCACGAAAGCCAUCCUCUCCGGCUUCUUCUUCAACGUCGCGAAGCUCGGGGCGGACAAGCACUCCUACACGGUCGUUCGCCCGAUGGACACCGGCGCACCAGCCGGCGCACGACGCUUCGAGAGCCCCGAGGCGGCGGACGCUUCGGUGGUGGAGAUACACCCCAGCAGCUUCUUAUUCGGCGCAGGCCGCAAGCCAACGACGCCGGGCGUGCGUGCAGGUCCGGCGGGCGGCCCAGAUGCGGAGUCCGCCAUCCCGCCUGCUCUGCGAGAGCGUCCCGCACUGGUGGUAUUCACGCAGCUGCGGCACACCACGAAGCGUUUUAUGACACACGUCACGGCGGUAGCCUCGCCGGAGUGGGUGCUACAGAGCGCCCCGGUAAAUUACUUUCAGCCGGAGGAGUUGGAGACCGGCUUGCGAAAGCGGAAGAGGGCGUGA